AUGGCGGGGGGGCUGCUCCUGCGGGGGCUGCGGGACCCCCCCCGGGCUCCCUCCGACCCCCUGGGGGCCUCACCGCCCUCAGCGCUGCCCGCGCCGCCCCCGCCGGGCGUGCCCCGCGUCGUGCGGGCCGCGGGCGGUGCCGGAGGAGCCGCGGAGCCCCCGCGGUGCCCCCGCCGCGUCCCCCCGGCCCCGGGUCGGGCCCAGCUCGGGCCCCGCUCGGUCCCGAAGCGGCGGCGGCUCCGCCACCUCCGGGAAGCGCCGCGGCACUUCCGCCUUCCGCCACCUGACCGGAACUGGCGCGCGUUGCCGGGCAACGGGGAGCUGCAGGACCUGAAAAAUGAGCUGGAGAAGCGACAGGCGAGGAACAACCCCAAAAUCCCGGAGCUUUCCCAGCCGGAAUGCCCGGCCCAGCAGCAGGAGGAGGAGGAGAACCAGCAGGACAACCAGGAUGUGAAAAGCUCCGCCAGCAGGGGUGGGAAGGUGACUUUCCAGCUGCCCCCGGACGCGGCUCCGGGGUCGGAGGAGCGAAUCUGUCACUUCUCCUGGAGGAGCAACGCCCUGAAGGAGACCCUGAGGAAGCUCCAAGCCUCGGUGACCCUGGACCCGGCCACGGCACACCCCGAGCUGGAGCUGUCUGCGGACGGCAAGAGCGUCCGGCGCGGCGCCCGAGCCCGGCCGGUCCCCGACAGCCCCGAGCGCUUCGAUUACUGGCCCUUCGUGCUGGGCCGGCCGUGCUUCGCGGGCGGGCGCCACUGCUGGGCCGUGGACGUGGGGGACGGCGGGGACUGGGCCGUGGGGGUGGCGCGGGACUCCAUCGCCAGGAAGGGCCGGCUGAGCCUGGGCCCGCAGGGUGGGAUCUGGGCCGUGGAGCGCUGGGGGGGGCAGCUGCGGGCGCUGACCCCGCGCCGGGCCACGCCGGUGCCGCUGCGCUGGCCGCCCCGCAGGGUCAGCGUGCACCUGGACUGCGCCGGCGGCACCGUGGCCUUCUUCGACGCCGAGGCCGGGGGGCUGCUCUUCCUCUUCUCCCGCGCCGCCUUCGCCGGGGAGCGGCUCCGGCCCUGGCUCUGGGUGGUGGGCGCCGGCUCCCAGCUGCGCCUGUGCCCCUGA